AGAGGGUUUCGUCUCUUCUUGGUUAGGGGUGGGCCCGAUCCUCUCGGUGUUGGGGGGGGGGGAGACGACUGGCUGGGUGUUUUCCGAUGUGGGGGUGAACUUGUCACGUCCGCUGAAGGAGUACUUUUGGGCAGAGGCGGGGGAGCCCUUCCUGUCCCCUCCCAACUUCGGUUUUUCUCAGGAUUCUGCCCACUCAGGAGAAAGACUUUGAGAAGAAAAGUAUGGCCUCCAGGUUUCCGAAGGCCUGGUCCUGUGUGAGUAGAGGCGGCUUUCAGCCCCCGAGGGGGGGCGGCUGGUAGUGGGACACUACCUUCUCUCAACUGCCCACCAAGCCCCUGGUGCACCCCAGGAAGGGAGAGCCGGCCAGGGCAGGAGAGACCCUGCCUAAGAGGAACUGCUUCGCUUUCCAAAAAAGGGCGAUGCUUAAAAAAGAGGCUAAAUUGUGGGGGAUUCUGAGGGUCAGGUUGAGGCUCCUCGAGUAUCCUUUAAGCUGGGGGGAAGGAAUUGACAAGUUUUAAGCAGGUAUCAGGUCAUGAUUAGGUUUUAUCAACCAGAAGGUAGCAUGGAGGCUGCAGGUGUGGCUCAAGCAAUGCCUAGCAAGUAUGAAUCUCUGAGUUCAACCCCAGUAUCGCCAAAAAAUAAAAUAAAAAGUAACAGUUGAAUAGACUAACAGAAAAAAGUUGGAGAUGGAUCCCCUGGUAAUUUAAUGAUGUAAAAACCAACAGCGGCCACAAGGUGGGGCAGAACGCUUGGGUGUGCUGAAUCAGCCCAGGGACUUCCCCAGGAGGCAUACAUACCAACCUCAGAGUCACGUCCCCAUAUUAUUAAAUGGACAGGUUUUCAUAGACCAGAGGUCUCAAUUGUCCUUCUUACUGUGACCUAAAUUGGGUCAGGCUUGGAUUUGCUCAAGGCAAAGACAAAGAUGAGGCAGUCCUCUCAGAUUAUUUUGGUCAGUCUCCUCUCCCUGUCACCAUGAAGGAGUAUCUGCUCUGGCUGAACAGGAUCCUGUGGGUUUUAGGAACCAGUGACCUUUGAAGAUAUUGCAUUGACUUUUACCCCAGAAGAGUGGGAACUGCUGGAUCUCCCACAGAAGUCCCUAUACAGGGAAGCGAUGCUGGAGAACUAUAGGAGCCUGGUCUCAGUGGGAGAAAGGCACCUUCACUAUGACUUCUGAAGCUUCACCCAGUCCCUACCUCAGAGCCUCUGAAUACCACAGAGAGUCUGUCAUGGUUGUUUUCACCUGCAGUACUGGAUGUUGUUGUUUUUGUAGCAGUUCCAGGUGACAUGUCUGUCCAACAGCUCAUGAGUAUCAUCAAAGAUCCUGAUCCCUUCCAUCUCUUGUUCUUUAGAACCUUUCUGUCUUCUGGCUGGUUAUUGCUUCUGUCUGCUCAAAGCAGAAACAAGCAAAGGGGACACUCUUGACCAGCUCUUUCACAGCUGUCACAUUUACCAAGAAAGCAAAAGCUUUCCUAGAAGGUCCCUCAACUGACCAGUCUCCCUUUGUGUCUUGCUGGCCAGAAAGACCUCUCCCCUCCCCACUUCUAAUGGCAAGAGAAUUCAAGAAGUCUGACAAAAAGGGAUGAAUAUGGUGGUUGUCACUGACCUAGUCCCAGAGUCAUGUCAUGCCCUAUCAGGGAAGAAGUCAGGGACAGUGUGUUAUAACAAGACAGUGUUUUCUCUGGACACAGACUCCCCAAGCCCUAUCUCUUUUCCCUUGAGCAGAACUUCAGCUUUCCAAACCAGAUGUGGUAUCUCAAUUAGAGGAGGCAGAAGACUUCUGGCCGAUGGAGAGAAAAAGUCUUCAAGAUACUUUUGCAGACUGUUCUAGGGCUACACUGGACACUAACUUGCAUCCUCUUUCUAUUGAGAAUCCUCUAACGAAGAUCAAGGUUGUUGAAGUCCUUACACUGAACCAGGAGGUGGCUGGUCUCCGAAAUGCCCAAAUCCAGGCCCUCUAUGCUAAUAAUGUGGCCCUUACCCCAGACAUACAUGAUGAGCCAGCCCAACAGCUGGCCAAGCAUCCACCUGAUACUGAAGCUGCUCACCAGAGGUUCCGGCAUUUUCAGUAUAGGGAGUUAAUUGGUCCCCAAGAGGCUGUGGCCCAGCUUCGGGAGUUGUGUCACCAGUGGCUGCAGCCCGAAGUGCACUCCAAGGAGCAGAUCAUGGAGUUGCUGGUGCUAGAACAGUUCCUGGGUGUAUUACCCAAGAAGCUCCGGUUGUGGGUGGAGUCGCAGCACCCAGAGGACUGCCAUGCAGCAGUGGCCCUUGUGGAGGAUGUGACAUCAGUGUCCAAGGAGGAUGCAUAUCCUGCCUGCUCUUUGGCCACUGCUCAACAGGAAAAGGAAAAGGAGGACUCUGCCAUCUUGCCAGUUGUGGUGCUGCCCGAGGAGCCAGUGACCUUCCUGGACGUGGCUGUGGACUUCAGCCAAGAGGAGUGGGGGCUUUUGGGCCCAACACAGAGGACUGAGUACCGUGAUGUGAUGCUGGAGACCUUAGGGAACCUGGUCUCUGUGGGGUGGGAGACAACACUGGAAAGUAAAGAGUUACCUCCAGGUUCUGCCAUUACUUCAGAAGAAUCAGUUUGUGACCUAAAAAUGAAAGAAUUCUCAAGAAAUGGUACCCAUUUCUCUACUUCAGAAGGUGUUCUGCCAGGUGGGGUUCAAGAAGUACUAGACACAGCAUUGAAGCAAGCAGAGCUCACUCAGGAAAAAGACCACUCUCAGAAGCAGCUGUCUGAAAGCCCCAAAUCACAGGCAAACAGUGGUCUCCACAUGAGCCAGGAUUCACUCCAGGAAAUUCCUUUUAGAAAGUGCUUGCGCAAACAUAGCUCACAGAUUAAAAAUGUGGUGCAUGGUUCACAAGUAAAAAUUCACCAGAAGAGCUGUGAAAGAAGAAAACCCAGGGAAAGCAGCAAUUGUAUGACACAGGACACACAUGUGAAAAUUCACCAGAAGAACUGUGGAGGGGGAAAAGCCAGAGAAAGCAGCAAUCGCAUGACUCAGGGUUCACAUGUGAAAACUCACCAGAAGGGCUGUGAUGUGGGGAAAGCCAGAGAAAGCAGCAGUUGUGUGACUCAGGGUUCACAAGUGAAAAUUCAGAAGAAGUGGUUUGAUGUGGGGAAAGCCAAGGAAAGCAGUGGUUGUAGGAAAACUGCUGGCCAGCGAGCUCAGCAGGUUACUUUUAUAAAAAUUCACAAGGGAAGCCAAGUUUGCAGAUGCAGUGAAUGUGGUAAAAUGUUCCGAAACCCAAGAUACUUUUCUGUCCAUAAAAAGAUACACACAGGAGAGAGGCCCUAUGUGUGUCAGGCUUGUGGUAAAGGGUUUGUGCAGAGCUCAUCCCUCACCCAGCAUCAGAGAGUUCAUAGUGGAGAGAGACCAUUUGAGUGUCAGGAGUGUGGGAGGACCUUCAAUGACCGCUCAGCCAUUUCACAGCACCUGAGGACUCACACAGGAGCUAAGCCCUACCACUGCCAGAAUUGCGGGAAAGCCUUCCGCCAGAGCUCCCACCUCAUCAGGCACCAGAGAACUCACACUGGAGAGCGUCCCUACGUGUGCAGCAAAUGCGGAAAAGCCUUUACCCAGAGCUCACACCUUAUUGGGCACCAGAAAACACAUGGUGGAACCAAGUGUAGGAAGAAGCAACCCAUCUUGUAGUACUUAAGCCUGUGGAAGCAUUGCUUUUUUAGGUACUUUGGGUUUUGGGGUUGGUUUGGGGUUUUAUUUUUGAGAGAGAUGAACUCUCCCAAACUCAUGAUUCUCCUGCCUCAGCCUCCUGGAUGGCUAGGAUUAUAGGCAUGUACCACCAUGCAUGUGUGUAGCAUUGCCUGUUCAACCUCAUGAUGUACCCUGCACAGAAACUGAGUGUGACUGGAAUGCUUGGGUGAGGACAUUCCUAAAACCAAAGGACAUCCCAGGAAAGCCCAGCACAUAGUGAAUAGGAAAACUGUCAGGGAAUUGUUAAUGAAUGUAUUAGCUUACUAAUUUCUUUCAUUUUUUUGGCCAUUAAAAGUAAUCUGAAGAUGAUCAUAAAAGCCAAUUACCAAAUAAUCUGCACACUGGUAAUUAUAUCCAAGGUAAAGUAUUUAUGUAUAUGAACAAGGACUAAACAAUAAUGUGGAUAAAUAAACUAUG